AUGGCUGAUCGACGAGACGCAGGCCAAAUUCCCCGAAGCCGAACUUUCCAUCCUGCAGCUGCCCAAUUUCGCGCCAAUUCCAGCUGGUCAGUGCUGGCUUCUCGAAUCCCUGCUCGCUCUGUGGCCAUCAUUAAUCAAUCAAAUUCACCAGAAAUCGCGCGCAAGACCACUCUCCUCGUCACCUUCAGCAACCUCCCCGCGCCGGAAGAUGCAUCCAAAAUCAAAAUCAUCCACUCCCUCUCCUCCGGCCUCGACCACCUCCUCUCCCACCCCAUCGUCAAAGAAACCUCCAUCCCUCUCACCUCCAGCUCGGGCAUCCACGGGCCCCCAAUCGCCGAAUGGACCAUCAUGAACUGGCUCGUCGCCUCGCGACGCUUCGUCUACACCCACGAAAACCAACAAAAACACAACUGGGCGAAAAACGUCGACUUCAUGAACACCGUCCAUGACCAAGUCGGCAGGAAAGUCGGAAUUCUCGGAUACGGAAGUAUCGGACGACAAAUUGGCCGCGUCGCCUCCGCUCUAGGCAUGCAAGUGCAUGCCUACACAGCCUCGCCGCGCCCGACCCCGUCCUCCAAGAAAGACAACGGCUACAUCGUCCCCGGCACCGGCGACCGCGACGGCACCAUCCCUGUAUCCUGGCACCAUGGGACUGACAAGGCCUCUAUCCACGAAUUCCUAUCCCUGGGUCUAGAUCACCUUGUGAUUGCGUUGCCGCUGACACCGCAGACAACCCGUAUGCUUGGGACUGAGGAAUUCGAGAUCCUGAGUCGUGGUGUGUCUGCAGAACGGCCACGUCCGUACCUUACGAAUAUCUCUCGGGGGAAGGUCCUCAAUCAGGAUGCAUUGAUUGAGGCGCUGAAAGGAGGAGUGCUGGGCGGAGCGGCGCUGGAUGUGGCGGAUCCGGAACCGUUGCCGGAGGAUAGCCCGUUGUGGGAGGUGCCGAAUGUGCAGAUCAGUCCGCAUGUCAGUUCGGCGGGGAGGGAAUAUAUUCCGCGGUCGUUGGAUAUUAUGAGGGAGAAUGUGGGGAGGUUGGAGAGGGGGGAGGAAUUGUUGAAUGGGUUUAAGAGAGGGAAGGGGUAUUGA